UUUUGCAGUCAGGCAACUCUAACGAGGCUAAACGAUAACCCAUGAUGAUCCGCAUUCAAACACCGAUGCAAGAUACACUAUCGAAAAGAGCUCUUAGCUUAGUACCUUAUUCCAAUUCCUUUAGUGGGUUGUCACAUUGCAGUAUAAGACGUAACACAUCAUGAAGUCGAGUAAUCAAGCAGAUUUAUACCUCUUACAAUUCUUUCGAGGUUGACUAUCAGCCUUCUGUCAUCUGCAAUAUGGCUUUGCACGUCCCUUCAUUAUUAGGAAAGGCGCUUCUACUAUGCUCGUUGAUUACCACUGUCGUCUCAGCACCCGUCGACAAUGAACCGACAGUCACUCUGGCCUCAGGCGUUGUCAUAGGAACUACUACCAAGCCUGCAAACCAGCCAUCGUUGACAGCCUCAGCCAACGCCUAUCUGGGGGUACCUUUCGCGAAGUCGCCUCCAGUACGAUUCUCUCCGCCAGAAGCAGCAACACCAUGGUCUACUCCUCUGCAAGCCCAAAAUAUCAAGCCAGCAUGCAUUCAGCAGUUCUCAGGUACUGGCGAAAUUCGUGCCAGAACUAUGGAGUACUUCAACAACCCCACCUAUCCACCACCUGAGGAGAGCGAGGACUGCUUAUACCUCAAUGUAUAUACGCCUCCAGGAGUUACGGCUUCCAGCAAAAAGGCAGUGAUGUUUUGGCUUUUCGGGGGCAACCUCGCUUUUGGUACUGGCGGACUAGCAUACUAUGAUGGAAGCUCUCUCGCGAUCAAUGAAGACGUUGUUGUAGUCACUAUCAACUACCGCACGAAUAUCUUCGGUUUCUCCAACUCACCCGAAGUGCCGUUUGGAUUUCAAAACGCUGGUUUCUUGGACCAGAGGUUCGCGUUGCAAUGGGUACAAGAAAAUAUUGCUCAGUUUGGAGGUGAUCCAAAUCGUGUGAUGAUUUUCGGCGAAUCCGCAGGCGGCGAAUCAGUUAAGCAAUUGCUAGCCAACCCACCGAACCCACUACCUUUCUCGUCGGCCAUACUUGAGUCUCAGAAUGCGGUACUCCCUGGAAACGGCCUGGUAAACUAUAAGCAGGUAUUGCUAAACUUCGGCUGCGCAAACAUCGAUUGUCUUCGCAAGGUACCUGCAGUGGAUAUCAAAGCGUAUAUUGAGUCGCAAUCGCUUUCUUUUCCACCAGUCAAUAACGAUGGCACCUCAACACCUGAUGUCAGACUUAGCAUAUCCACUGGGAAGUUCGCCAAUGUGCCGACGAUGCUAGGAUCUAACCUCAACGAAGCGCGUGUCUUCCUAGCCGUGGCCGGCUUGACCGACGGUACCGCCGCUGUAGACAGCUUCUUUGAUCAAUAUAACAUCACGUCAAAAGCUGUUCGCGACUCCAUCAUCGCCGCAUAUGCCGCACAAGGUAUCACCGAUCUGUACGAAGUAGCCGACAGGCUUGGGACAGAUCUAGUCUUCACAUGCACGACUGGUAGGCUGGCAAAUUACCUCGCCAUAUCCGGACGCACAACUUACCGGUAUCUAUUCACCCCUGUUUUCCCUUCUAUUGGUAUCUUCCCCAAUCCAGGUGCAUACCACACAAGCGAGAUUCCGGAGGUCUUUGGCACGUAUCCACUUUCGAACCAGUUUGGCACUGCAACGCAACAGCAGAUUCAACUCAGUGCUUUCAUGCAAAAAACAUGGGCGAACUUUGCAAAGAACCCCGCUGGAGGCGUAGGAUGGCCAAAGGUUGGCAGUGCGCUUGGGAAGGAACUGGGUGUAUUAGGAAAGGAUGGAAGUAGUGGGGUGACCGUCAGGCCAUUACUUGAGGCGGAUUACGCUUGCCCGCUCUAUGCCGGCAUUGAAGAUCUCUUGGGAUUAUCUUUCAAGUAGGCGAUGAGAGUAAGCUCUGCAUCGUAUGUAGAAAAGCCUACUGGGAG